UGAGAACAGAAUCAUAUCUAUGUUUAUUGUUGUGACUUUUAUUGAAGAACUUUUAGCAGUACAUACCCUUUUCAGCUGAUGAACGUCAGAUCGUAAGUAUUUUGAAAGGAAUAGAAGAAUACAGUUAAGAGGAAUUGUUAAAAGAGGACAUGGAUGGCCCUCAAGAUGGUGCGAACGUCUCUGACAGUUCAGAGGACAGUCAACGGAAGACUGCUAAGAUUGUGUCACAUAUGGCUUUAGCACACGAAUUGCUGAUGGAUGAUUCAUUCAAACUUCAGACGGAACUUCCUCAAAACUCACUUGAAAGACAAGUUAGGGAUGUUGUUCACAAGGCAUUUUGGGAUAAACUUCAGGAAGAACUUAAUCAGAAGCCCCCAGUCUUUAAUCAGGCAUUAUCCUUGUUACAAGAACUUAAGGAGAACAUUCUUUCAUUGCUUCUCCCAUAUCAAAAUUCACUCAAAACACACAUCAAUGAAAUGUUGGACCUGGAUCUUAUAAAGCAACAAGCUGAUCAUGGUAUUCUGGACAUCUCUAAACUCGCACAAUCUAUUGUUGGUUUCCUAAGCAAAAUGUGUGCGCCAGCAAGAGAUGAACAAGCCAAAAAGAUCCUAUUGAAUGAAGAUAUUGUGGACCUUUUCAGGGAAGUGUUUAGCUUGAUUGAUGCAAUGAAGGUUGAUAUGGCUAACUUUCAGCUACAGACCAUUAAACCUCAUCUUAUGCAGCAGUCAGUUGAGUAUGAAAGGAAAAAGUUUAAAGAUUAUCUUCAAUCCAAUCCAGGAGGUCUCAUGUCAACUAAAGUUUGGCUAAAACGAGCAGCAGAAGUAGCAACAGGAGUUGGCUUUAGGGCUGCUGCAGAAGUCUCUGCAGAAGCAGUUGACACCACAGACUUCAAACAGAAACUGCAAGAUGCUGAUCUAAUUGAUGUGUUGGUGCAUGGGUAUUUAGGAAUAAUCUUUGGAGAGGCAGGCUGGCCAUUUCCAGAGACCUUGAUUAUGGAUGAAUUCCGAUUGGCUGAGAUGAGGUGGAGUGUUCGGCGAACCACUCUGAUUGCAGCUGUGUUACUGGUGACCCUGAACACUAUAGGUCAGCAGUUAGCCUCAGAUGCGGCAUAUUUAGCCAACCUUAAGGAAGUGCUGUACAUUCUCUUGGAUGGAGUUCCUGAAGGUGACUUCCCUUCUGCUCUCCCUGGAGUGUAUGAACAGACUGUGCGUGAAACUGAAAAGCUGCUGCAAGAAAGAGGACUGAAUAAACUCACUUCCCAACAAAAGGACUUGCUGAAAGGACAAACAGAAGGAAUCACAUCUUCAGACCACACAGUGUUUAAUUUAAUUACCACACGUACGUACGACUUCAUGUUCAACAGCAUAAAGAGACGAUUUCUUCAAAAGGGAAGCAGAGAGAGCGGGCAAUCCACCCAACCGAGUACCCCUCAGGGUCUAACAAGUGUGAAUACGGAACUGUCCGAGAUUACCGGCAGGUUUUCUCGUGUAGUUGGACACAACUUGGCUGUCUUCGUGCCUUUUUAUGAGGACCUUCUCACUGAGAUAAAAGGCUCUUGACAGUGACUUUUGAUAAGCACGUGGCAUCUUUAGAUACACUUAAUUGGAAUAACUUUGUCUCAGUAGAAAGCAAAAGUGAAAAAAUUAAAAAAAUAAAUUAAAAAGGAAUUAUUUUAUAAAAUCCUAAUUAUUCCAGUUUAUCUUAUAUACCACAAUUGUAAAUUAUGCUUAAAAAAAUGAAAGGAGACGUUGGUAAAUGAAUUUAAAUCAACUCAACCUGUUGACGUGAAUUUUCUAAUUGCCUUUUUCAUGUUUGCUUUUUGCAUUUUUCUAGACAAAGUUAUUGUAAUUAAGGUGUAUAUUAAGAAUAGCUAUACCAGAGGACUGGAAUACGCUGUUGCCACUACUUCAAAACGGUUCUUUAGCGCUUUACUCGUAGCCUUUGUGUG